AUGAUUGGCUUACCUCCGUCGUUUUAUAUCAAAUUUGGCUGGUCGAUGUCAACCAUUCAGCCACCUCAUGAAGAAAGGGACUCUCAUCAAAUCCUAUCUAACGAGCCCCCUGUUCUCACUGCCCCUAUACCUGGACGACCACUAAUCUUGUACAUUGCUGCUCAAGAGCGUUCAGUUGGAGCACUUCUCGCUCAAGAGAAUGAUGAAGGGAAAGAAAAUGCCUUAUAUUACUUGAGUAGAAUGAUGCUGCCACAUGAGUUGAAUUAUUCUGUGAUUGAGAAGAUGUGCCUUGCCCUUAUCUUUGCAAUCCAAAAGAUGCAGCACUAUUUUCAAGCUCACACGGUGCAUCUCAUCUCCAAGGCUAAUCCCAUCAAAUACGUCAUGUCAAAGCCAGUCCUCUCUGAUCGAUUGGCAAGGUGGUCACUCAUUUUUCAACAAUACGAGAUCAUCUACGUGCCUCAAAAAGCCGUUAAAGGGCAAGCUCUAGCUGACUUCUUGGCGGACCAUCCUAUACCAGCAGAGUGGGAGUUGUCCGAAGAAUUACCAGAUGAGGAUGUCAUGGUAGUCGAAGUUCGUCCCCUAUGCACAAUGUACUUUGAUGGCCCGUCUCAUCGAAGUGGAGCAGGCGCUGGUGUGGUAUUUAUUUCCCCAGAAGGAGAUGUCUUGCCAUAUGCUUUCACUCUCACACAAAAUUGUUCAAAUAACGAGGCUGAGUACCAAGCUCUCAUUCUUGGGCUGGAGAUGGCAGUUGAAGCAAAGCACUUACAACUCAAGGUAUAUGGAGAUUCAAUGUUGAUCAUCAACCAGCUUCUUGACAUCUAUGAAGUGAGGAAGCUUGAACUUGUGCCUUUCAAUAACUACGCACGUCGCUUGAUUGCAUGGCUUGGUGAUGUCACCCUAGAGCAUGUGCCACGAGGAGAGAAUAGGCAAGCAGACGCACUUGCAAAGCUUGCUUCUAUGCUUGCUUUACCUGACCAAAAGACGCACGUUCCAAUAUGCCGAAGUUGGGUCAUACCGCCAAUCUUUGACGAUGAAGACAAUGGUGAAAGGGAAGUGAACGUCGUCUCAGUUUUGGAAAUUGAAAUUGAGGAUUGGCGCCAACCAUUCAUUGAUUAUCUACAACAUGGAAAAUUGCCUGAUGAUCCACCUAGAAGAACGGAUGUGAAGUGUCGCGCCCCUCGAUUCAUCUACUACAAGGACACGCUUUAUCGUCGAUCUUUUGAAGGGUUAUUCCUCCGUUGCCUUGGAGAAAAUGAGGCAAAGCAAGCUCUGGAAGAAGCUCAUUCUGGAAUAUGCGGCGCUCAUCAAUCUGGCCCCAAACUUCAUUUUCAAAUCAAAAGGAUGGGCUACUACUGGCUGACCAUGGUCAAGGAUUGCAUGGAGUACGCCAAAAGAUGUCAUGCUUGCCAAAUCCACGCCAACUUUAUACAUCAACCACCAGAACUGCUCCAUCCAACUGUCGCUUCAUGGCCUUUUGAUGCAUGGGGGCUAGAUGUCGUGGGGCCUUUGCCAAAGUCUUCUGGUGGCCAUUUAUACAUUUUGGCUGCAACUGACUAUUUCUCCAAAUGGGCGGAGGCCAUUCCAUUGAAGGAAGUGAAGAAGGAAAAUGUCGUCAACUUCAUCCGUACUCAUCUCAUUUUUAGAUAUGGUGUACCGCGUUACGUUAUCACUGACAAUGGAAAGUCCUUCUACAAUAGUGCCGUAACUAGACUUUGUCAAAAGUUUGGCUUCAAACAACAUGCUUUUACUAUGUACAAUCCACCUGCAAAUGGUCUUGCUGAAGCGUUCAACAAGACUCUUGGGAGCUUAUUGAAGAAAGUGGUUGCCAAAGCAAGAAGAGAUUGGCCUGAGAGACUGGAAGAAGCACUUUGGGCAUAUCGAACCACGUUUCGAACGCCCACACAAGCCACUCCAUAUUCACUAGUGUACGGCGUGGAAGCUGUUUUGCCGCUUGAGCGUCAAAUUCCAUCUUUAAGAAUUGCCAUUCAAGAAGGCCUCACUCAUGAAGACAAUGCUCGCUUGCGCCUUGAAGAACUAGAGGCACUUGACGAAAAGAGGCUUGAGGCACAACAACGUCUUGAAUGCUAUCAAGCCCGCAUGUCAAAGUCAUUCAACAAAAAGGUUCGCCUUCGUUCUUUUCAGAAAGGGGACUUGGUUCUUGCUGUAAGAAGGCCCAUUAAUACCACCCAUAAAAUCGGUGGCAAAUUCAUUUCCAAGUGGGAUGGACCAUAUGUGGUGCAAGAAGUUUACUCAAGUAGUGCCUACAAAUUGGUUGUUGAAGAUGGCUUGAGAGUUGGCCCCAUAAACAGCAAAUUCUUGAAGCGCUACUAUCCUUGA